GCCAGUUGGACCUGGGUGGUAUAUCUUUCUGUCAUAUUUUCAUCUACAAAAUUAGUUGUUUAGUUGUUUUAUGUAGAUGGAAAAGCAAAUAAAUUGAAAAGAGUCAUCAAUUAAAUUCAUAUAGUUUCCACAGUUCAUGAAGAUCAAUAGUAGUUUUCUGAAUUAAACUGCGUAUAGAUUUUAGACAUCAAUGUCGAUCCAUCAUCAAUCCAUCAUCAGAAUGAAAUGCACAAAGAGAAAGAAUUUGUGAGGGCUCCUGGCAAUAUGCAUUUUUAGAAAUUUCAAAAAUACUGCUGAUGCCUUUGAUCCUGGAGUAUUCUUUUCUAUUCAAAGUUUGGAGAACGCUAUGAGAAUCUCUCUUAAAUUCUCAAAGUAAACCAGAUUCCUUUACCGGAAUUUUUGUUUCUUAUCGUCUGCCAGGUACUUCACAUGUUCAAUUACUUAUUACAUCUACAUUCAACUGUUCUGUGAAUUUUCUUAGCAUAAAAUCUAAAGGCCACUUAGAAUUCUGAACAUACCAUUCCUUCUCUGAGUUCCUCAAAGUUGUCUGCGUUAUUUAGACUCCCUGAAGGAAUUCCUCAAAGCUGUUUACAUAAUUUAGACUCCCUGGAGGAAUUCCUCAGAGUUUAGAUGAUUUAGACUCCCUGUAGAAAUUUCUCUUCACAUAGGGAAACAUACAAUUGUAUUCCUUGAGUCUUAUAAUUCUUACUGAAUUCUCAAAGCUAGCCAAGGCCUUUCUUGUCCACAUUUUUUUGGAAUUCUUGAUUAAUUUGCUUCACAAUUUUAAAGAAGUUUUUGAAAGUCUUGAUUCAUUUGGCUUAAGUGUCUCUCCUUGCACCUCUAGAUUACUAGUUUGCGAGAAUCAGUUCACAAUUCAUUGUAUGUUUCUGAUUCCGGUUCUUAAUUCUAUGGGGAUUGCAUGAUGUUUUUUACAGGUUUAAUUUGUUCUUGCUUCUGAGGCAAUUGGUCAGCUCCAAUCUCAGAAUCUGUUGGGGUUGUUCUGUUGGUGCCUCGUAAACAUUAUGUAAAAUACUUAUCAAUUUUAAAAGAAUUACAGCCCUACUCCAUUCCAUUUUCCUCCCAGAAUAUUUGUUUAUAUGGAUUCUCCUUAGCAUUGUACAAAUUGUUUCAUUCAUUUAGUUUCUUGCCAUUAGGUCUCUGAAAGGUUGUUUUAUCAAUUUUCUUAGUUCUGACCAGAUUUUAGCUCAUCAUGGAUCCUUGCACUUUUAUCAAGGUUUCUAUAAGUUCUUUGGCUUUGAGGGUACCAGCAGCCUCAAAACCAACAACUUCACGAGUUCACUCUGCAUGCUCCCCUUGCUUUUGUGACAUUAAGCUUCCAAAUAACCCUGUAAAGACUCUGCCACUUCCUCUGCUUUCACUAGAUUCCCCUGCACCAAAUCAAAUCAUUGCAUCCACCUUCUACCUUGAUGAAUCUUCUUUUCAAAAGCAAAUUACUACCUCUGUGCUCGGAAGAAAGAAGGCUUCAAACCCUUGCUUGGAGGUGGUAGUUUAUACUGGAAGCCGAGGAGGUACUUGUCGUUUUGGGACUGAGAAACAGCUAGGGAAGUUUCGUAUUGAAGUUGAUGCUAAAUGGAUGGAUUCAAGUCCAAUAGAGGUUCACAAUGGGUGGGUUCCCAUAGGAAAACGAAAGGCAGGAGAGCUGCACUUAAAUGUUAGAGUAGAAUCAGAUCCACGAUUUGUUUUCCAGUUUAAUGGACAGCCAGAAGUCAGUCCACAGAUUCUGCAACUGCAAGGAAAAGUUCAUCAGCCUAUUUUCAGCUGCAAGUUUACCCGUGACAGAGGCAGUCGCGCCAGAUUAAAUCAGCUAGAUCCAUGGACACAUGAAAAAGACAAAAAGGACAGGAAAGGAUGGCUAAUACUAAUCCAUGAUCUUUCCGGUUCACCAGUAGCAGCUGCAUCAAUGGUGACUCCAUUUGUUCCAUCUGCAGGCACUGAUCGUGUCAGCCGCUCAAACCCUGGAGCUUGGCUUAUAUUAAAGCCAGGUACUCAAGGAGGAGACUCAUGGUUACCGCUGGGGCGUUUGGAAGCAUGGCGGGAGCGAGGUAGCAAAGGGGAAAUUGGGUGUAAUUUCAAAGUCACAGAGGAAAGAAGCGGAUUUUACAGAAUUGCUAAUAAAAUUCUUCUGUCUAAAACUGCCAUAAGUUGCCAAAAAACCAGCAAAGAUAUUGUAAAAAUUAACAUGGAGCUUCCUGUUCAAGGAGGAUUUAUAAUGAGUGCAACAACCAUCCAUAGUGAACACAAAAAAACAGGUAAAUGCAGUAAGCUUCAAGUCCAAUUGGCAAAGAGACAUGUAACAUGUGUUGAGGAUGCUGCAGUAUUCAUGGCGCUUGCUGCUGCUGUGGAUCUGAGUGUGGAUGCAUGUCAGCCUUUUUCAAGAAGGUUCACAAAGGAUCUUGGCCUAUCUUGUGCAUCAUUGUGAUUCAAAUCUUCUGGUUUGGUGAUUUUUUCUUAGGUAGAAGAGGGUACAAGUGGUUUGAAUUUUUUUAAUUUUUUGGGAAUCCAUUAGAAACAUUCUAUAGAUCAAGCCUGCAGAGCCUGGUUGAAAAAGAUCUUAACUUCAAUGGAACAGAUGCCAAAUAGUGCCAUUUUGAAUAGAAAAGGUGGCCAUUUUUGGCAAUCCAGAAGAAAACUGGAAUUUGUAAUAGAUUGUGAGUUCUACAAUAUUAUUGUAAUUCUGAAGACAUUUGAGGGGGGUCUUGUGGGAAAUGAAUGAAGAAAACAUUUUGUAUCCUUGAUCAUUACCAUUUUGUAAUAUACAUGUUGAUUUAUUGGAGACAAGCAAGGAGGUUCAGUAGUUUACUUAUAACAUCUGAAGUAAGAUGGGCUUUCACAGGGACAAUCUGCUGAAGAUUU